UGUUUUUAAAAAAUACACAUUUAUUUCUGAAUGACAGAUUUUACAAGCCAGUUCACAGACGACUAUAAUAUUCUAGUGUAGAUCUUGAUCCGGCUGACAGUGUACAUAGGCUACACCUGGGUGACAAAUGAAAAGAAAUACCAACAUAAAGUGAGGUGUUAAAGCGAUGGACCACGCUUCACAAUCCCCAAACCUGUGCCUCUAUCCAUUUGCCAUUUGCACAAUGAAAAAUGUUUGCCACUAAUGCAGUCUGGUCUAGAAACUAAAUGGAAAGUGUGUUAUAUAAAACAGAUUUCGAGUUAAAGCAAGUUCAGCAGUGACAGGGAGGCCCACUGAAUAAGAUCUGACGGCAGCAGUUGAUGGUUUUAACCUUGGUUUUUUCUUUAUGAUAAUCUCAGUCCCCUGGAGGAAUAAUUAAUGUCAGUACAUAUUCAUAGGGCAAUGUCCUUUGAUGAUUUGAAACAAUUAAAAUGAAGUGGUUUUUAUAUGCAUGCUGGCACGUCUACUUAGAUUUAUUUGUCAUUAUUCCAGGAACGAUUCACUAGAUAAACAGGUAGUUAUGCCCCGAGAAAGCUACGUUGGUCUCGUUUCCGAGGUGCAUUUGAAGGCAGCAUAAGUGGUAAAUCGGGUGUAGAACUUGUCCGGAUGAUUCAGCUGCAGCUAUUUCCCCUUUCCAUACUUUGAAAUCUACUGGAUGUUAUUAUUCAAGGAGAACUCAACAGAUCUGAAAGAAUCGUUACACCACAUUCAGAAGCUCCCUUUUAAAAAUAAUAAUAAUAAAAGUCCCCUGGUGUUGGCUGAACCCCCACCUCCGUCCUCACCCCCGCUCCAGCUGAAGCACAGUGGUUCGCUCCCUCUAGCGGCGGAGCUCACAGCCGCGGAGCGUCACAGCGCCGGUGUCCGUGCCCCCAGUCAGAGUGAAAGUUGUCUCCGCUAAGAAAAGCGGGGGGUUCGGGACUCGCCAGUUUCCACCGCCGCUGCUUCGCACGCUUUCUCCCGGAGAGAUGAGGCGGAAAGAGAAGAGGCUGCUGCAGUUCGCCGGGCUGCUCAUAGCGGCUCUUCUUUUCCUCCCCAACGUCGGGCUGUGGUCUUUGUACAGGGACCGAGUGUUCGACAACUCGCCCGACACGGUGGACGGUCCGGGCGGCAUACCCCUGAUACAGGGGGUCAACCGGAUGGGGAAGGACCCUCAGGUGGGACGUGAUGGCGUACGGAGGAAAGACUGGCACGACUACGAAGCAAUCAAAAGAGACUCCUCUCGUUCCGGUAACGGUGAACAGGGGAAGCCGUUCCCCCUGACAGACGCUGACCGGGUCGACCAGGCCUACAGGGAGAACGGCUUCAACAUUUACGUCAGCGACCGGAUCUCCCUCAACCGCUCCCUCCCUGACAUCCGCCAUCCAAACUGUAAACAGAAGCUGUAUGCAGAGAAGCUUCCCAACACCAGCAUCAUCAUCCCGUUCCAUAACGAGGGCUGGUCGUCACUGCUGAGGACUGUUCACAGCGUGCUCAACCGCUCUCCUCCGCAGCUCAUCGCAGAGGUCAUCCUGGUCGACGACUUCAGCGACAAAGAGCACCUAAAGGUGGCACUAGAGGAGUACAUGGUCCGGAUGCCGAAGGUUCGCAUCCUGAGGACCAAGAAGAGGGAGGGGCUGAUCAGGACUCGCUUGCUGGGAGCCGCAGCUGCUAAAGGAGAAGUCAUCACCUUCCUGGACUCUCACUGUGAGGCUAACGUCAACUGGCUGCCUCCACUGCUGGACCGAAUCGCCCAGAACAGGAAGACCAUUGUGUGUCCCAUGAUCGAUGUCAUCGACCACGACAACUUUGGCUACGAGACGCAGGCGGGGGACGCCAUGCGAGGAGCGUUUGACUGGGAGAUGUACUAUAAACGGAUCCCCAUCCCUUCAGAGCUGCAGAAGGACGACCCCAGUGAACCCUUUGAGUCACCAGUGAUGGCAGGGGGACUGUUUGCUGUGGACAGGAAGUGGUUCUGGGAGCUGGGAGGAUAUGACACGGGUCUGGAGAUCUGGGGAGGAGAGCAGUAUGAGAUCUCCUUCAAGGUGUGGAUGUGUGGUGGUCGGAUGGAGGACAUCCCUUGCUCCAGGGUAGGACACAUCUACAGGAAGUACGUCCCCUACAAAGUUCCUGGUGGGGUCAGCCUGGCCAGGAACCUAAAGCGUGUGGCAGAGGUGUGGAUGGACGAAUACGCCGAAUACAUCUACCAGCGUCGGCCCGAGUACCGCCACCUGUCAGCGGGAGACAUGGCGGCGCAGAAGGAGCUGAGGAACCGGCUCAGCUGCAAGAGCUUCAAGUGGUUCAUGAGCGAGGUGGCCUGGGAUCUGCCCAAACACUACCCACCGGUGGAGCCUCCUGCUGCUGCGUGGGGAGAGAUCCGUAAUGUGGGCAGCGGCAUGUGUAUGGAGAGCAAACACUUUGUAUCCGGGAGCCCCAUCCGCCUGGAGAGCUGUGUGAAGGGCCGGGGCGAGGUGAGCUGGAGCCACGGACAGGUGUUUACAUUCGGCUGGAGAGAGGACAUCCGGGUGGGAGACCCCAUGCACACCAAAAAAGUUUGCUUCGAUGCCAUCUCCCACAGCAGCCCCGUCACCCUGUACGACUGUCACGGCAUGAAGGGGAACCAGCUGUGGCGCUACAGGAAGGAUAAGAGUCUGUAUCACCCCGUCAGUAACAGCUGCAUCGACAGCAGCCCCAACGAGCGGCGAGUCUUCAUGAACACGUGCGACCCCUCCUCCCCCAGCCAGCAGUGGCUGUUUGAGAGAACCAACGCCACCGUGCUGGAGCACUUCAACCAGGGCGCCAACUGAGGCCCCCCCUGGCGUCCGAGAGAAAGGACUCGAGACGCACGCAGACGUGGAUCUGCUGCUGCUGCUGCUGUGAAAUGGGGUUUUACAUUUACUCUGGUUCCCCGUUUACCUGGCGCUAAGGUGACAGCUGUUUCUCUUUGGAGUGCUCAGAGUGAGGCAGGAUGGGAUACCGUGGGGGGAAGUUGGUUAAACACAUCAUUUAGAGGAAAGACUGAGUUGAGCUCUGAUUGAUGUGUUUGUGUUUUAAGGUGACUGUGUGUGAGAAGUAUUUGUUCUGUCACGGCGGUGCUGUGGCAGUGGGUCUGUCUACUUCCUGAUUUUGCUGUCGAUUGGUUAUCUGACAUUCCUCUCCUCUCUAUACUCUUUUCUUUUGUCUGUUUCAGAUUUUCUCUGCCUUUAUCCGUUGCCUUUCUUUCCCUGCACUGUUCCCUCAAACUGUUUUUUCCUUUAUUUCGCCUCUGUCUAUCCACCUUUAUCCUCUGUCUCCAUCUCUUCCCCCUCCUGUCUCUCCUGAUCUGCCUCUGCCCGCACGUCCGUCUCUAUCUGCCUGCAUGACUGCACCUUUGCCCACCUUCUCCAUUCUCCCUCUCAAAUCCCCUUAUGUCUCUCCAGCUCUGACAACCUCCCCGGGGGGUGGGGGGUGGGGUGGGGGCUCAUGCUGAGCCAAAGUCAUCCUGACACCUGGGUGAAGCCAGGCAGAACCACUCUGAAAAUCACCUGGUGAAUUGAUUCUCCUUUACAACCCUUAUCCACCCUCUGUUCCCUCCCUCAUUCCUCCCUCAUGUCCCCCCCUCCUCUCCCCGUGGCCCGUAGUUUCUCCUGGUUUGCUCUCCUCCUGUCUGUGGGCGAUGUGGGCAGAGCUGCUUUGAAUGUAGCAGGUGGAAGAUGACAAAGGAAAUGUGAGGGGAAGAGACGGCAGCCUGUUGCACCCCCUCCUCACCCCCUUUCUCUCCUUUAUUCCUCAGAGGCGAUCUAUCUAUCUAUCUAUCUAUCUAUCUAUCUAUCUAUCUAUCUGUGUAACGCCUUGGUUUGUGCAGGCCAACCAUUACUGGCUAAGGGCUUGUUUGUUGUUAUGGUGGUGAUGGUGGGGGCGGCAGCCGCUGUCACACCUCUCCGAGCCUCCGCCUGCUCUCUGAGUGCGCCUCGCUGCUCCCCGAUCAGCUGCCGGAACGACCUCGUCACAGACGGCCGAGCGUGGGGUCACGUCACGGUGCGAAGCAGCAGGCGGGACCACAAACCGACGCCCGCCCGGCCGGAUGACUGGCUAUGUGACUGGCAGGACAGCUGAUUCACAGCAGGGCCCGCCCGAUUGGCCGGCUGCCGAGCUGACACAUCACUUUAGCGUACGGUGAGAGCAGGAGGAGAGACGGAUGGGGGAAUAGCUGGGGAUAGGCUCGCCAAGGUAGCUCUGGGAUUGAGACAAAUGUGGGGGUUUAAAUGCAUAAAGCACUUGUGUAAUGAUAAACUUGAAUGAAAUCUUAGUGCCUUGUUGGAAGAGGACUAGAUGUUGGUGUGUGUUUUCGCAGGAAGUGUGUGUGUGUUUGUGUGUGUGUGUGUGUGUAUGUGUGGGGUCCAAAAUGUCCAGAGGAGCAUAGGGAACAAUUCACUCAGUUCAGGAAGAGAUUUUUCUUAAAAACUGGAAUCUCCUUUGGGACUGAACAUGAACUGAGGUGGACUCUGGUGCAGGACAUUGAAGGCACCACUGGCUCUGUGACUCUAUGGCUUUCUAAACGAACACACAUGUAACUGCUGGCUGUGAAUAGAGCUAAAGAGACUUUUGUUUUCCACCAUGUUUUCUCCUGCCUUGAAAACUUAACCACAGCCCUGAGAAGACCUUUGUUAUAUUUUAAUCAUGACAUGAUGCUGUGUGUUGUUUUUUCCCACCUGUUCAAUCCAAAGUCUUUUUAUGGGAAAGGGAACAGUUGUUCUUCGUCACCUUUUUGUUCUUUCGUCUGUUGUUUGGAUCCCGUGGUUCAGCUGACAAUGAUUUUGUUUGUAUUCCUGUUCAACGUGAUGUUCUGGUCUGUCGCCUGCACCCACUCCCUAAUCCGAUUUUUGUGAAGUGGAGCUAUGUACAGUAUUUGCCAUUUUAUCCAUUAGGUCCAGGUAUUGUGCUGUGCUAGAUUUUAACAGUCAGUUGUAGACCAAAACAAAAAGUCACAUCCUCUAACAUACCUUAGAAAAGGUAUUUUUUAGUCACAGAGAGGGCUAGCUUUCACACAUCCAUCUGCAAAAAGUCACAUUUAGUAACUUUGUGUGUUCAGAUUGAAACCAGAAACCUGUACCAACAGGAAACAUCUGGAUUCCAGAUUUGAUCACAUUCUUCUCUAUCAAAUAGUGAAAGAGUUUGUGUCGUAAACAUGAAUUGUUCACAAACAUGCCAGUCAUUGAGAGUUGUUCUACAGCAGUAGCUGUGGUGAUGUUUCUAUUUUUUUAUUUUAUUUUAUUUUCUAACAGUGAGUAGGAGGACAUCUCAAAUAAUAAUUAAACCUUAAGACUCAAAAUUCAGUGCUGCUGCCUUUAGAUUAUUCAACGCUGAAAAAAUCCAAGGUUCAAACUAUUGAAAAAGUAUAAAAAUGUAUUAUUAAACAGGAUAAUUUCCAAUGCUUGUUCACCCUGGUUCACAUCGGUCGAGUGGAUUUCUAUUUGGUACUUAAACUCACCACAACACAACACCAAGGAGGUUGGACAAUCAAUGUUUUAACCCAGUGGGUCAGCCACAGUGAACAAAUUGAUCUGGACUUGUGACAGUCAGAUGGGUCCAUUAGAUUAAAAGCUGGCAGACGUCUUUCUCAUGGACUUGGAAACUGACUCAACCAGUGUUACAUUUGCUAAUUGCUACGUCAUGAUAUCCUUGAGAUACGUCAAUCAAGUGUCCACUUUACUUUGCCAUUAGAUUUUUCAUCUGCUUCAGAGGAGACAUCAGAAGUUUUAAUUGAAAACCAAAGUCACAUGGUGAAACAAAAAGGCAGUUACCAGUAUAUGCAGAACUUUUCCCCCUGUGUUUUAUAGACUUUAUGAUGAAUCUGGCAGCCGCAUCAGGCUGUCUAUUAUCUAGGAUUUGGCUAUCAAAUGACACACCUCAUUUAUUUUGUUGCUGUUUGAAAACCAUCACUAUCUGUCACCAUUUUGUUCUGUGCAGUCACUUGUUGUAGACUGGAACAAAACCCUGACUUUGCACUCCAGUUAGUUUAGUCCAGGGUUUCUCCUGUGUCUUUUUUCUCCCUGACCUUCAAGCUACACGCCUGGACAGCUUGUACAUUGUCACAUUGUUAAGAGGUGAUGGGGAAUUGCUGCCUCAGACCACUGAGUCACUGCUGUAGCCAAGUUUCCACCACAGGACCAAACUGAACACACAUCUGACCUUUUCACACCCUGAUUCCUUACAGUUACACCUCCUACAUGUCUUCUUCCCUUCAACACAUAGUCACAGUAAAGCUGUUUGAAAAUGAAGUAGUACAUCCACAGCCAUUGAAUCAUCUGACUUUAUUGUGAAGGACUGUUAAUACGCACACUGUACUUGUGGACAAAGUUGUGUAGAGGGGUGGAUACACAAGGCAACAUUUUGGGCUGAAAUAAGAUAAAGACAGAGAGGGAGAGAUUAUAAAGGUCUCUUAUUGCUUUUUAUUCUCCCACAUCUCCUGCAGAACAUCUGGUUUACCCUGAGUCAGCUGAGUCAUGUCACAGUGCAACACAACCACAAAACCACAGUGUUUCAGGGUAACAACUUGUUGACUAGAGCAUCUGAAUCAAACUUAUUAAGAGCCACAGAGGAGUAAAUUCAAGGGCUAGAAGAUGACUAACUGAACAAUAUUGUAUUAACUAGUAACUAGUUAGAUCAGUGACUGACUGGUGAAACAUGUAACAGCUAAAAAGUGAGAUAUUUUUAUCAGGAGUUGGUGGAGACGGAAACACAUUUUAAAGAAGAAUCGAUAUUGGACACAGAAAUGGCUCCAAAUCAAAUGUUGCUUCGUGUUUGCAUGUUGUUGGGUUCUUCUGCCUUCGAGCGGCCACUUGAUGCCAUGAAGUACUAGCUCAUUCAGAAGUAUCUUACACAGAGUACCUACAUUGGUUCACAGUCAGUACUCAUGUCUUUUGGAUGAUUUGACCGCCUUGUCUACAGACUCUGGUUGUUGUUCAGUCCCAUCAAGAAAAAACUACAACUCCAAUCUGUUUGAAUUGACAAGAGCAGAAGAUGGUGAUAAUGAACUGUUCUGUGGGACUAGAUGAUGGUGAGGUCUAUGAUCUUUUCAGUUAUUUACAGGACCAUUCAUUUGAGCUUUAGAACAGAGAGAAAAAAAAAGUUUCAUCGCAGAAAUAGAACUUAAAUAAUCUCUCUGGGGAAAUGCCCAAAAUGUUGCUACAUGAAUCCCCUUGAAGUAAAGUUUUAAUUGAAUUUCAUAAGUUUGUGAAAGGAUUUUGUUUUGUUUCUUUUUCCUCAUCAGAUCACAUUGUAAGUUUUCCAUUGUACAGGUAAAUAAUGUUAUUACAUCAAACUGUAACUUCAGUUGACAGCAGAGUUUUUGUUGGUGACAGUUUACAUUUGCUCUCUCCCAGCUUUUCCCACUGUGGUAAAGUAUUAAAAGCAUUAUUCUUACUGUGUGCCCUCUACAUGAAAAUCUCCUGGAUACCCAUGUAACAGGGUAUUCACAAUACUUUUCCACAGUGACUGGGACGAGACAAUUGUAAAUGUCGCAUUUCAUUGUGAUAUCCAAAUACAUUUUUUAAGUGGUGAUUCUUUUUGCCCCCAUCGUGUUAUGGUCAGGCUGAAAUUUGCCGAGCAAUGUAACGAAAUCUUAUUUUAUAACAGCAAAGGUUUUUAAUGUCCAACGGCCAGAGUUGGCCAGUCACACAAUGUUGUGUACAUGUGUGUGAAUUUUGAUGUGUAGGGAAGUGUGUACAUUUUGUAUCUCAUGAAAAAAUAUCCGAUAUUUUUUUCUACUGACAUUGCAGCUGUAAAAGUGUAUUUAGAUAUUUAACAAACUGUACAAUUAAACUGGAAUUGUAUGAUAUUUUUGCUGAAAAUUGUAAAAUAAAAAGGUUUCUAUAUUUGGAGGAAAA